AUGUCCACUCCAGCAGACCUUCAGGCUCUGUUUGCCAAUAUCAAGCCAAGGCCUUCGCCAAACAAUGCAUCCAACCUCCCGAGUUCCGAAGCUCAGAGCCAUCGCCAUAAUGGCUCUUCAUCGGGUGAAUUUCCUUUUCCAUCUUCAACCGGCUUGUUCCAAGCUACUGUGUCGUCGCCGCUCUACAGCCCGCAGUAUACGGGCACGCCUCCACAUCACGCUUCUGAUGUCAUCAGUCCCAACGUUCAGACGCCACGUAAUAACACUCAGAGCCCGCAGCAGCAGUCACUGAACGCGGAUCGCACUGCCAAUUUGUUGAGCUUGCUCAAGUUCAGCCCGGCUUCGCAGAAUGUAUCCGCUCCAAAAAAAUCCAUAGCGGAAACGGUCGCUCCUGAAGAACCACAAGAUGAUGCGCCUGUUGGUACCACCCAAGGCGGCCAUGGAAGGGGAAUAUCUGCGUCUGAUAUCGUGGCUUCGUUCAUGGGGAAACCAACUACCUCCACAUCUGCUGCUACUGGGUUAAUGUCCAGUGGUCUUGCUGCUGCCCAACCUUCCGAUCGGCCAGUUACAACAUCACCUCCUGCCGACAAUGCCCAAGAUAUGCUCUUGAAGCUAUUAAAUCUCUCCAAACCCCAGACGUCUCAGUCGGAGCAGUCCGUAACUGCGGUGGCCGGUACGAGAUCAUCUGAAGCUUCUGCUACUUCCCGAGAGCGUUCUGCUGAUGCGGGGCCUAAGUUUCCAGAGGAACGUAGAGCGUCGCCAAUGAGAUUAUUCGGGUCGGGCGAAAGUCGUGAAACCACUCCCUUUGAGCCCCCUAUCCAUACACAGCGAAAGGAUUCUAUUUUCACUUACGUUAAUCCUUUCGAACAACUUGCGGCGGCAUCUCCCCGCAACCGAACGCCCCAAGGAAGCCGGUCACGAGCGCUACCUGGAGCAAGCCCUGCACCUGAUAUCGCUAACGCAAAGAAAAAUGGGGUACCAGGUCUCAUUCAGGUUAAUGGCCAGCGAAAACGGUCAGAGCCAUCCGGGGACAUUCCUGUUUCGUCCUCGCCCUUGGAAACGGACGACAACGCGGUAAUUACGCCCGGUCCGGAUGCCUCUGAAGAGUCCAUGGGUCCUGAUCAGAAAAAGGUGAAAAUCAAAAAGGAAACCGUUCCUGAGGCACUUGGGGAGGUUGCUGGACAGGUUGAUAAAGAAGUCGAGGAUGCCUUAGCGAGGGUUGCCGCUGAAGAAGUUGCCCACAUUAAACAAGAAGUCGAGGAGGAAAGUUCUAAGGCAGUUUUGAACGCACUGGCGGAGAAAUUUGAACAGACUGCCCUUGAUGCUCAGGAAGAGCUGGAGAAAGAUAUUAGCAUUGAAGUUACACCCAAGAGCUCACCUCCGGUUGCCUCAAACUUAAAGGAGUCUGCCGACGAUACUAAUGGUGCUAUUGUGGACUCGUGGGAAUCCGAGACUGAACGAGUUAUCCCUGUGUAUAAUUUUCCGUUGAAGCCGUUCAUGUCGAUCACCUGGAAGGGAAAUACUGAAAACAUCUUCUCACUUCGGAGUGAUGGGAUAAUGGAUAUCGCCCGUCUCAAGAAGGAUUUCGACCAAUUGGAUCGUUCGCUCACUUCGGCUACUUCCGAUUACAUCGUUUACGCUUUGGCGAAGAAUGGUGGCAUGAGAAUAGUCCGGCAGGACGAUGGGCAAGAUAGACAAGUAUUCCGAUCUACCAAUGAUCGGGUUUUCAACGUCUCUCUAUCGACCACAGCACCAGGCUCCUCAACUGCGAAGGAGCAAGCUGUCAUGGGCAUCGGUGUUAGCGGUGCUGUCUACUGGGCGACUAUAUCCAAGGCAGAUAACAACCUCUUUGAGAAGGAUGCGUUGGAACGCGACAGCCUGAUUUUUCCACCAUUUCCCUCCUCAGAUGAAAAUACCUCUGGUGGUCAGCUGAAAACACGGGCUAGACGGAGCUCCCGUCAUCCUGAAUUUUUCGCAAUCGGUCGCGGCAAAUUCAUCCAUAUCGUAUGGCCUCAUUUUGCCAUAUCUCCGAAGUAUGGCGUAACAAAAACGCAUCGUGAAGUCGAUACUGAAAAGUUUUUCAAAGAAAAGUCGGUGAAGAUCGCUACUGGCAAGGCCGGGAAGGACUUUAUUUUCAGCGACGAUGAUACAGUUAUCGUCUCACUUGACAAAACUGGAAGGAUGAGAUUCUGGGAUAUUCGUGAUGUAGCCGAUUUUCCGCAUGCCAAUACCUCGAAAUUGCCAGCUGAUAUUCGAGUGCCACUUUUGACACUUGUCACUGGUUCGCCUAUGGAGAAGUCGUGGCCUACGUCUGUUUUAUUCAUCGACAAAUUACGGCCGUAUACGAAAGCAUCAGCUCUACGCUAUGUUCUUGUCGGUUUGAAACAGAACCACACACUUCAGCUCUGGGAUAUUGGGCUGGGAAAGGCAGUCCAGGAAUUGAAAUUUCCCCACGAUAAUGAGUCCGACGCCAUAUGCAGUGUUGCAUAUCAUCCCGGUUCCGGAAUUAUAGUUGUUGGACACCCUACGCGCAAUUCUAUUUACUUCGUCCACUUGUCUGCUCCGAGAUACUCCCUCCCACUGAUGUCGCAGGCCAUGUAUAUUCAGCGGGUAGCCGAGAAGGAUGAAAGGUUGCCAAAACCGGAGUCAACAGCUUGUAUGAGUGGAAUCCGCGAGUUGUCCUUUGGAAGCAAAGGGCAACUUAGGAGCCUUGAUCUCCUACCACUUACUCGACCGUCUGUUUCACAUCGUGGUAUGGACGAAGAAGCAGGCUUAUUCGAGUUGUAUGUCAUGCACUCUCUUGGGGUUACCUGCCUUAACAUAAGGAAGUCGGACCUUGGGUGGAGCAGCGACAACAAAAUCAUCGACCCUGUGGAUUCCCUAAAAGAAGGCUUCAUUGAAGUUAAUGCCCUGCAGAGCUUCCCUCCCCAAGUCGAUGAACAGUCGACUAACGGAGAUGUAGCUCCAAAGGGUGUUCCGAAAGGGAAGGAACCGGCCAAAAAGGCAACCGGCCCUGGACAGGAAUCAGUUGUUGGAGUCGAAUCGUCCCGCAACCAGUCGCCUUCAAAGCAACCACCGAAGAAGAAGACAGGCGACUCUGUCUCUACUUCUGAUCAACACGAUCAAGCGGCCGCUUCUACGGACAAGAGUGAGAAGCGGAAGAAGAAGAAAGCCGAUAACGGGAAGCCGAAAGAAAUUUCGAAUAAGGAGGCGGAUCAGAGUCAGCUUGAAAUUCCGCAGUCUGUGUUGGCAACCGAAACUCACGGUUCGUUCGCCACAGGGGCUUCUAUUGAUAAUGGGCCGGCGGAGGCGAUUAAUAUAGGAGUGUCGUCUGACUUCCUAAACAAGGAAGUAAAGAAAAUCGAGAAAGCAGUUUCUACAGAGUUUACGAAAUGCCUAAAUCGCGAACUCGAUGCGCUGUACGUUCGUUUUGACCAAGAUCGUCGUUCGCAGGAACAGGCAGCCACAGCGAAGCAAGAUGCAGUGUUACGCCUUGUCUCGUCAACCCUAUCUGACAACGUGGAGAAAAACCUGUCCCGUAUUAUUGCCAACAAUGUCCAGUCGAUGGUAGUUCCAGCACUCAUUGAAUCUACCGAAAAAUCAAUGGACCAGAAAAUAAAAGAAGGGUUUAGCCGACAACUCGAUUUGAUAGCGUCACCCGUUAUCAGGGAAAUUCUCCCUGUUGCCGUACAGCGAGCAAUGUCUAAUGAAAAUAUGCAUCUCCGCAUCUCUGAAUUGAUUUCUACUUCCCUUUCUAAUCGUGUUGAGAGAGAUAUCUCCAAGGUUCUCCACGAGAAGAUCGUCCCGUCAUUCAAAGAUGAAUCCAUCCAACAAGCGAGAAUUAUAACAAAGGAAGUUGAGCGGCAGUUUGUUGGCCAAAUGAAGCAGUAUGAGCUCAGACAGCAGAAUGACAGUGCCAAAAUCGAUCAACUCACGAUGCUUGUCCGCUCCCUAUCGGAGACUGUUUCGACUAUGGCAGCUGCCCAGUCUCAAUUCCAAAAAGAGAUUUUAAACCUCAACCGUCAGCUUGGAGUUAAAGCAGAAUUGCCUGAGACGUCGUCUGCUACGAAUCCUGUUCGAGGGGUUCCUCCACCAGAGCCAUCCCCAGAAGAAGCUGAGCUGCAGGAAAUCAGCGAACUACUGAAUACCGGAAGGUAUGAAGAAGGUUCUAUAAGAUGGAUCCAAUCAUCUCAACAAGCAGACCUUUUCAGCAAUCUCGCCGCCGUGACAUCGUCUUUUGAAACAAAUGUGAUGGAUCGUCUCAACUGGCUCGAGCGUGUUUUCCAGACUGUCAAAGUUAGAGACCCGGAGAUCUACGAAGUUGCUCCGAAAAUCAUGACUGUUCUUAUCCAACGACUUGAAGCUCUUUAUAUGGCCAUUGCAGAAAACACUCCCCAUGACCCCGUUUUGCGGCGGAUUCCACGUUUAACUCGCUGGGCUAGAGACCUUCAAGAAUACAACCAGUGA